AUGUCUUUGGCGACUAAUUUUCCACAUAAUAAGAAGCGAACAUUAUAUGUUGGUGGUUUUGGCGAAGAGGUUAAUGAGAAAGUAUUACAAGCUGGCUUUGUACCAUUUGGCGAAAUUGUUAGCGUGUCUAUUCCGUUGGAUUAUGAGACAGGCAAACAUCGUGGAUUUGGAUUUGUGGAAUAUGAAUUAGCGGAAGAUGCUGCUGCAGCAAUAGAUAAUAUGAAUGAUUCGGAAUUAUUUGGGCGAACAAUUCGAUGCAAUUUUGCUCGACCACCAAAAGCAAAUGAAAGAAGUCAAAGACCGGUAUGGGCGGAUGACGAAUGGCUUAAAACUUAUGGUUCUGGAGAGGGAACGUCGAGAGAAUGUGAUAAAGAGGGCGAUACAAUUCCUGAAGAGCCAACAGUAGGACCCGUUAAGCUAUUGCUUCCACGAGUAUACUUGGGAAUUAGAAUUGGAAUCAGGUAUAUAGGAAGAAUAGUAAUCGAAUUACGGUCUGAUGUUGUUCCAAAAACAGCGGAAAAUUUUCGACAGCUCUGUACAGGAGAAAAAGGCUUUGGCUAUGAAGGGUCACAUUUUCACAGAAUAAUUCCACAUUUUAUGAUACAAGCGGGGGAUUUCACGAAGGGGGAUGGAACAGGUGGAAAAUCAAUAUAUGGUUCUAAAUUUGCAGAUGAAAAUUUCAAGUUAAAACACACAAUGCCAGGCAUUGUUUCAAUGGCAAAUUGUGGACCCGAUACAAACGGUUCUCAGUUUUUCAUCUGCACCGAAAAAACGGAUUGGCUAGAUAAUAAGCAUGUCGUUUUUGGGCAUGUUGUUGAAGGAAUGAAUAUUGUGAAACAGGUCGAACAACAAGGCAGUAAAAGUGGAAAGCCUAUGAUGCAGGUGACAAUUGUGGAAUGCGGUGAGCUGAAACAGGAGACGAAAAGUAGCGUGGGAGAUUUUUACUAUUGUCAAGAAGAACAACAGAAUAUGUCGCGAUCACGCGAUAAAACCGGUGGUAAUACGGAGCCGAUGCCAUUUGUACGGAAAUUUGGUGCGGCAGCGGUUGCUGCAGCUGCAGCUGGUGAACCGACUAUUGAGCCAGUGGAGAACGCGGAAGAAGGUAGCAAUGGGAAUGUUCCAGAAUCAUAUGCUCCAGCAGUUCCGGAAUAUUUGUCACCAAAACAGCGUUCCUCCCGUUCACGAUCUCAUUCCCGGCACAAACGCAAGCGAUCACGUUCACGAAAUCGCAGUAAACGUCGUUCACGUUCUCGCGAUCGACGUCAUUCGCGAAAACGUAGCCGCAGUAGGCGCAGCUCUAGUCGCAAUAGAAAAAGUCAAAGUCGCAGUCGUCGACGAAGUCGCAGUCGAAGUAGACGAAGUGGAAGUCAUAGUAGGCGAAGUCGGAGUAGAAGUAAACAUAGAAGGCGUAGAGAUCGCACAGGAUCUCCACCGAAAAGACCUGAAGAACAGAACGACAGUCAAGAAAAUCAAACUAAUGCUAACAUUGCUGGCUCUGCAAAAUUAAAAUCUGCACAGGGUGUACUCCCGAUCUUGGCUCGUCCGGAAGUUGUUGACAAACUGAAAACUGAAGAUGACGGAGCAGGUGGCGCAAAUGAAACCGACCAACCUGAAAAGAAGCCUCGUAAAUCGCGUUGGAGCACUAACAAAUCUUUUGUACCGGGGAUGCCAACGAUAUUACCGUCCAAUCUUAGCGAUGAUCAACGACAAGCUUAUUUGCGGCACUGGAGACGUGCUCUGGAGCGAAGAUUAGCUAUGGGGUCAUUGUGGAAGAUCUCCAUUAAAAAGACGAAUACAUUUCAAUUGGAAGUGGAAGAUGCAACGCGAAAAUUACGUCUUGGCGAUUUCAUGGGCAAUCCGGAUCCAGCCUUAAGAAGUCCUUCACCAGAACCAAUUUAUGAUGCCAGUGGUAAACGGCUGAAUACCCGUGAAAUACGAAAAAGGCAGGAAUUGGAGCAAUUGCGGCAUGAAAAAAUUCAAGCAUUGUUGAAAUUAAAUCCAAAUUUCAAACCACCAGCAGAUUACAGAGCACCAACAAUACGGUUGCAUGACAAAGUUUGGAUACCACAAGAAAAUCAUCCCGAAAUUAAUUUUGUGGGAUUAUUGAUUGGCCCACGCGGAAAUACUCUGAAGGCUUUGGAAGCCGAGACAGGUGCCAAAAUUAUAAUUCGUGGUAAAGGUUCAGUAAAGGAAGGCAAGUUGGGACGUCGUGAAGGACCAAUGCCUGGUGAAAAUGAGCCCCUUCAUGCUUAUGUAACAGGCACAGAUUAUACAGUUAUAAAAAAGGCUUGUGAAAAAAUAACAUCAAUUAUAAAUGAAGCACUGAUGAUACCCGAUGGCCAGAAUGAAUUGCGUAAGCUACAGCUGAGAGAGCUUGCACUUUUGAAUGGUACUCUGCGACCUGAGGAUUUGGCAAGUGGUGCUCGAUGUAGUAAUUGCGGUUCUGAUGAACAUAAAACGGUUUCAUUGGAUUCUCAAAAUUUAUUGACUAGUCGACCAUAUAGUAUUUGUCAUGAUAACCAGUAUCAUCUGGUUGGUAUCAACUGGUGGGAAUGUCCAGAUGCUCCAAAUGUUACUGCAAAUAUUAUUUGUACUGCAUGUGGUGGUGCGGGACAUAUUGCGAAGGACUGCAAAAAUCCACGGCCUGGUAGCGGAAUGUUCAAUAUGGGAGAUGGUGGAAUGGAUGACGAAUACACGGCACUGAUGGCUGAGUUGGGAGAGAAACCCGCAUCGAAACCAUAUGGUGCUCCAGGAAAAGCAGGCUUGGGAGCCGGAACUGCAGGAUCUGGAUACAAG